AGUUGAUGGCUGCCAGUGCCAGCAACGCAAUUCAUCGUCAGCUCACUCGUUCUGAGCGCCGUGCUCUUUUCCAUAUUUCACUUGGGUGCGAAUCUGCGAGGAUAAUUUACAGGGGGUUCUGUGCAAAAUACCAAAAAUACAACCCCUUUUUUCGUUGCACAGAAACUGGAGUCGCGGGGACAACCCAGAAGGAAGCGGACGAGGAGAUGGCGGGCGUCGGGAUGGCGAUCGCGAGGAGCGGCAUCCGAUGCCUUCGUCUAGACUUCGUCCGCCUCCUCUUCCUCCUCCUCCUAGUGUUCCUCUCCUUCGAUCGCUCCUUCUCCUCCUCCGAACCCGAUAUGGGAUCCGCUCGCGUCGUCUUCCAGACAUCCUAUGGUGAUAUUGAGUUCGGGUUCUUUCCUCAUGUGGCCCCAAAAACUGUUGAGCAUAUCUUUAAACUUGUGAGGCUUGGGUGCUACAAUACGAACCAUUUCUUCCGGGUUGAUAAGGGUUUCGUUGCACAAGUGGCUGAUGUUGUUGGUGGCAGAACAGCUUCAAUGAAUGAAGAGCAGAGGUUGGAAGCUGAGAAAACUAUCGUUGGUGAAUUUAGUAGUGUCAAACAUGUAAGAGGCAUUCUUUCCAUGGGGAGGUACUCUGAUCCAGACAGUGCCUCAUCUUCUUUUUCGAUCCUUCUAGGUGACGCUCCUCACCUUGAUGGCGAGUACGCCAUUUUCGGAAGGGUUACAAAGGGUGAUGAUACAUUAAAAAAACUGGAGGAGCUUCCUACCCGUCGUGAAGGGAUUUUUGUGAUGAAAAUUGAAUCUCUUCUCUUGUCCCCCUUUUUCAGCCAACUGAGCGAAUCACCAUACUGUCAACAUACUACUAUGAUACCAGAGUUGAGCACUGUGAAAGAGAAAAGUCUAUUCUGAAGAGAAGGCUUUCUGAAGCUGCAAUUGAAAUUGAAAGACAGAGGAUGAAAUGCCUCCCGUAAUUCCUCUGAGGUGAUAUUUGUAGAGAAAUUUGAUAUGCCCAACCUAGCAGAAGUCCAGAGAUUCUCUAAACAGGUAGCGAAUUGUAAAAUUAUGCCACAACUGUACCUUUUUUUUGUACACAAUUGUCGCAUUCCAAGAAAUUUAUAUUUGCAGCAUUAACCUAAAAAAAAAAAAAA